AUGACGACAUUACUGAAAAAUACAGACCCUCGUCAGCUACACGACUCUCCCAAACCUUUAAACCUUUCAAACCCAAUACGGCUUGCUUUUCUUGGAGGGGCUAAAGCAGGCAAAACAUCAAUAAUCUCAAAGUUGAUCUUGGGCAAUUUUAGAGACACUUAUUAUCCAACGACAUAUCUCAACCCGAAUCUAUUCAAUUAUGAGCCAUCAUCAGAAAACGCCAAAGAUAUAUUGCGUGGAAAAUCAUUGUCGACAGAUGCUCAUUUGAACCUUUCACCAAACAUCCAAAACAACAAAAGAGCUACAACCGGCAAAACCGUCUUUACCAAAAAUCAGUACUACGCCACAUCAUCUUCAAGUAUUACACCAAUAUUGGUUGAACUAAUAGACACACCCAGUUACAACCCCGAUAAAACGGUUCCAUAUCUUGAGGCUUCACUUUACACAAAUCUAGAUAAAGAUGUAUUGCACAACCUUGCCAAUGAACCACGACGACCAGUCUCGACCAGUCCACUCUUGGUUGCUAGUGGAGCUAGUGAAUUGAAUGGGGAUGUCAAUGGCUAUUUCUUUGUUUAUAGCGCUAUUCCAAGCUUUACACCACCUGGGUAUGAUGAACAAGACGCGGGUGGGUUACCCAAGAAUCAUACGUUUAAUCUUUUACCUUCAAUUAAAGCCGCACUUGAUGACGCAUGGGAAGAGUAUAUUUCAUUCAAAGAAAACUGGAAACGUGGCCAGGAAGAAGAUGUUUUUUCAUUCAAGAAUGCUUUUAAGAAUAUUUGGAGAUCAAACGAUUCAGCAUCCAAUCUGCAACAUGCAUACAUAAUGGAGUCGAAAUCAAAGGCUCCGCCAAUUUGGAUCAUUUGUACUCAUACCAAUAGUGAUUUAGCUUCGGAUCAAUUGAUUUUGGAGGGUAGGCAACUAAGCAAAGAGUGGGACUGUGGUUUCAUUGCUAUUGAUUGCUUGAAUGACAUCGAUGAGGUCUUGUCAUUGAUGAUUAGGGAUAUAAUACAGGGAAAAAUAAUGUAA